CGAUGCGGGGUCCCGAUCCACAUUCCUCGGGGAGAGAAGUUGUCGAGGGGGGAUUCUGCUGCCGGAUGGAUUCUCUUGGUUUUUUCCGGGUUUUAGUUUUCGGGAGCUCCGCUUUCUUUGGGUGCUAGGGUUGUUGCUGUUCAGGUGCGGUGUGUUGUGGUGACGGCAGCGGCGUUGCUGCAAUCUUAGUUUUGCUACGUUUCUCCUGUUGCCAUUCCGGUGGUCAAUGCUCCUAGUGUGGCGACGCUGGUUUUGCAUUCUCUUCCUCGCAUUCGUGCAGUUGGAGCGAGAUCUGGCUUUUUGCUCGCGUUACUGUUCCCGCGGAGGGGGGCUGCUCGUCAUUUAGGGCGCUUCUGCAACGCCGUUCCUGGCUGUUCUACCUUUUUUGUUGUCUGUGGCGAUCCUGCUUCGGAGUGUGCUGCGAUCAAGGCUGGUGGCUGCGGAAGCUCCUGUUGUCAACGUGAUCUGGUUUCCGUACUUCUUCCGUUGGUCUAUGGUUAGAGGGCGAGCGAUACGGGUGUUCAUGCUAAGGUGGUAGUUUUCGACGGCGCCUUGUUGCUCUAUUGUUGUUAUUGCGCCGCCGCCUGCCACUGGAGUGUCGACGGAUUCCCUUGCGAAAGUUGUUUAUAUCUCCCUUUUUCCAGCUUCUGCUUCGAAUCGUGUUGCUGUUUGUUCUGGUCCUGCAUCGAGCUGGUGCUCGGCUUAUGUUCUUUUUCAUAGUGUGUGAAGGGGCGUUGGAUGGUGCUGUUGCACUGUGGUGGAAGCAUCAAGUGUUUGACGGUGUCUCAUGAUUCUGUUCCGUUUGGUGCUCUCUGGUGGCGCUUCUUUUUUCGGGUUGGUGGUCCAGUGGCAUUGAGGAUUGUCGACGCUUUCUUGUUGCUGGCCUCGUCGUUUUCGCCUGGUGAUUCUUCGGUUCUGUUCUCCACUAUCUUGUUGUAGGCCAAGGCCGUUUGAUGCCACUGUUGCGGUUGUGGCUGCAAAUUCGACUGCUUCACCGACUGUACUCCUUGAAGUCAUGGCUGCUGCUGCAAGUUCUUGAAGAGAGUUGUGGACGUUUAGGUCGUGGUUGGUAGCUGUCGGGGAAAUUGCGGUAUUUGCCAUCCGCCGACCCGCGUUUUUGUCGCCGUGGAUGCUGGAGGAUUAAGUCCUGCGGUGCAGUGCCGUCAAUUUUGGCUGGUGGUCGACUUUAUCCAGCUCUUGCUGCUGUGCUCGUUCGUCUCCGACUGUUUUUGGGCUCCGGUGUUGUUCGACUAUCGCUGAGUUUCCAAUCAUCGUCGUCGCCUUUAGUCGGCACUCUCGGUGGACUGGCGGGGUUGGCAGGUAUUGUUGAAUGGGAGAAAUGAUGUUCUGCAACUAGUAGGCGGACGCGAGUAUGCUGGUGAUGUGGGUCUUAAUAGCAGAUAUCGAUGCUUAAAUUUGGAGAUGUGACUGUGUCAGCGAAAAGUUGAGCAAAUAACUUGACGGUUGGAGUCCCUACCGACAAUUGCAGAGAGGCAACGUUGUUCAGAAUUCAGUGUUGGAAGGGUGUUCGAAAUGUAGUACCGAUUUGUUAGUGCUGAUGAGGUAAGGUGGUUGUUCAUUAAAACACAAAAUUGUGGUGUAUGGUUGGCAGCGGAAGGUCCUCGUGAGGCAGGCAUUGAAGUUGACAGCGUAGUGAAAAAUUUAUGUAAGCAGCUUGGUUGUCGAUAGAACCGUCGGCUUAGCAGAAGAAUUUCAUGUGAGCAGGUAGCAUCUGGAGUUCGGAUAGCUUCCAGUGAUACUCUUGGACUCGGAACAAUUGUGAUACCAUUAUCAUCCGGCAGCCCUCUUUUCCAUAUCCCGAGUUUCUGUUGCAAGUCAUCUUCGCCUACCCAGUUUCAUUCCUGUGAAGGGUUGUAAAGAUUUGUGGCAGCUUUGCCAACCCACUUUCAUUCCUGUGAAGGGUUCUGAAGAUCGAAGGACUUUGAGCCGCCAGUGGGUCGGCGAGCAAUUCCAUUUCUUCCUGCACAACUGCUAUCGCAGCUACUCCAGGCUCGUUUUCGACACCUUCCACAUUGCGUAGGUGACAAGGUCAUCUCCCAGUAAUAAAUUUGAGCAUCAUAAAGUACUAUUUUCCAAUUCUUCUUUGAAUUAUGGCUAGGUUGGACCCUACAACUCAUACUUCAAAAUCAAUGUUGCCAAAUGUUAAUGGUGUGGAGCAUACUCUUGGUGGAGUUGUCUCAAGCAAAUGUUCAGAAUUGCAAUUGUAUUUAAAAAUUGCAAUGAAAUCCAUGGAAAAAGUCCAAGAGUUAACUUCUCAAAGAGAGGCAACAAAUUUGUCAAAAUUCAACAAAGAGCAAUGUGAAUAUUUAGCUUGUAAACUCAAGAUGACUAUUGAGAGUGCUAGUGCAUUCUUUCAUGCCAUAUGCCAUCGCAAAGACAUUCUUGAAGAAGCUUUGGUAAGUUGUGUAGGUAAUUUCAAGCUAUUUGCUACAAAGGCAAAAGAAAUUGAAAGUUUCAUCCAAGAUUGUUGCAAAAAUGCAUGGAUCGAGGUUGCCAUCAUAUUGACAAAAGUACAAGAGCGUGUUUCAUUAAUAAGCUUUAAUUUGGAAUUAUGUAGACUUAUAUUUUUUGACUAUGAGUUCAGAGCACCACUAAGCAAAACUUGGACAGAACUUGUUGACAAAAUUGAUGAGAUAAACAGCAUUGAAGCCAAGAUUGUGCAAGAGAAAGCAUUUCAAGAUGAAGAGGCAUUGUGAAAGAAAGUGGAUUUGGAAUUGAAAUCAUUGAAUGGUAAGGAGAAAGAGUUGGCUUUCAUUUUGCUUGAAAGACUUAAAAGCACAUCAAUUGCAUCUUCACGAAACCCAUUGAAGGGAGAAUUGGACAAGGUGAAGCAACACAACCAAAUAGGAAAAGGUGCAUCUGCAACUGUAUUUAAAGUUAAUUGGUUAGAGAUGGAAGUUGCAAAGAAGGUGUUUUAUGGAUCAAACAACAAACAUUUUGAACAAGAAGUGUCAAUUGUAUUGGGGGUGUUUCAUGCAAAUGUUAUGUCCAUACUUCACUACACUUCAAGCAAGCAUCAGUGCUCCAUUUUCAUGGAGUUGAUGGAUGGAGAUCUUACUUCUCUAAUAUGGCACAGAUUGGAAACUCUUCAUCUAGAUGUACCAUUCUCCAAUAUAGUAGUUGUUGACAUUAUUCUUCAAAUUGCAGAAGGUAUGGUUUGUCUUCACUCAAAAGAUAUUGUGCACAGGGACUUGAAACCAAACAAUGUUUUGGUGAAGAUAAUAGAUAUGGAAACUGGACAUGUACAUGCCAAAUUGGCAGAUUUUGGAAUGUCCAAAACCAAGAAAAGUAGUUGUUCUACUCAAACACUCAAUAUAGGUACUACUAGGUACAUGGCUCCAGAAUUGAUUAAAAUCCAUGAGCAAGGAAGUGAAAACCAUGUGCUUACAAGUGCAAACAAACGAAAGUAUCCACCAAAAAGUGAUGUGUAUAGUUUUGGUAUGGUGUGUUAUCAAAUACUAACUGGAAAAGUUCCUUUCUCAGAUCUAACUAAUAGUGAAGCUAAGAAAAAGAUAAAAAGUGGGAAGUACCCAUCUCUACCUCAUCAUUGUCCACCAGUUUUGAAGAGUUUAAUAGAAGAUUGUUGGAAAUUUAAUCCCAAAGAUCGUCCAACUUUUUUGGAGAUUUGCAAGGAUUUAAGGUGUAUAAAGUACUUAUUGAUGACAUCAUGUUCAAGCUUGAUAAUAUUGCCAAAUAAAUCAAUCAAUUUUCUAUCCUUUACAACCUUGAGAAUAAGUGAAUCUUCAAGUUUGAUAUCAUGGUUAAAUAAACUGGAUAAUUAUUCAUCUUUGACUACUUGUGAAAUAAUUAAGUGCUCGAAAUUGAUAUCAUUGCCAAAUGAAUUGGGCAAGCUCAUAUCUUUGACUUCCUUAAAUUUAAGUGGAUUCUUGAACUUGACAUCAUUGCCAAAUGAAUUGGGCAACCUCACAUCUUUGACUUCCUUAUAUUUAAGUGGGUGCUCGAACUUGACAUCAUUGCCAAAUGAAUUGGGCAACCUCACAUCUUUGACUUCUUUAUAUUUAAGUGGGUGCUUGAACUUGACAUCAUUGCCAAAUGAAUUGGGCAACUUCACAUCUUUGACUUCCUUAUGGUUAAAUGAGUGCUUUAAGUUGACAUCAUUGCCAAAUGAAUUAGGCAACCUCACAUCUUUGACUUCCUUAUAUUUAAGUGGGUGCUCGAACUUGACAUCAUUGCCAAAUGAAUUGGGCAACCUCAUAUCUUUGACUUCCUUAAAUAUUUGUGAUUGCUCAAGAUUGACAUCAUUGCCAAAUGAAUUCGGCAAUCUUUUAUCUUUGACUACUUUAGAUAUGAGUAAGUGCCAAAGCUUGGCAGCAUUGCCAAAUGAAUUAGGCAACCUCACAUCUCUAACUUCCUUAAAUUUAUGUGAUUGCUCAAAGUUGACAUCAUUCCCAAAUGCAUUGGGCAACCUUUCAUCUUUGACUACUUUAGAUGUGAGUGAGUGUCAAAGCUUGGAAUCGUUGCCAAAUGAAUUGGAGAACCUUUCAUCUUUGACUUCCUUAAAUUUAAGUGGGUGUUGGAAGUUGACAUCAUUUCUAAAUGAAUUAGGCAACCUCACAUCUUUGACUUCCUUAAAUUUAAGCGGAUAUUGGAAGUUGACAUCAUUACCAAAUGAAUUGGGCAAUCUCACAUCUUUGACUUCCUUAGAUUUAAGUGGGUGCUCGAACUUGACAUUAUUGCCAAAUGAAUUGGGCAAGCUCAUAUCUUUGACUUCCUUAAAUUUAAGUGGGUGUUGGAAGUUGACAUCAUUGCCAAAUGAAUUGGGCAACCUCACAUCUUUGACUUCAUUAAAUUUAAGUGGAUGCUUGAACUUGACAUCAUUGCCAAAUGAAUUGGGCAACCUCACAUCUUUGACUUCCUUAAAUUUAAGUGAAUGUUGGAAGUUGACAUCAUUGCCAAAUGAAUUGGGUAACCUCACAUCUUUGACCUCUUUGAAUUUAAAGAGGUGCUCUUGGUUGACAUCAUUGCCAAAUGAAUUGGACAACCUCACAUCUUUGACUUCCUUAGAUUUAAGUGGGUGCUCGAACUUGACAUCAUUGCCAAAUGAAUUGGGCAACCUCACAUCUUUGACUUCCUUAGAUUUAAGUGAGUGUUGGAAGUUAACAUCAUUGCCAAAUGAAUUGGGCAACCUCAUACCUUUGACUCGCUUUAGGUUAUUGGGCGAUAUGUCAAACUUGACAUAUCGUCCAAGAAAUCGUAGAACCUCACAUUUUUUAUUUCGUUGAAUUUGAGUGGGUGCUGGAACUUGACAUCAUUUCGAAAUGAAUUGGGUACCCUCACAUCUUUGACAUCUUUAAAUUUAAGUGGGUGCUCGAACUUGACAUCAUUGCCAAAUGAAAUGGGCAACCUCACAUCUUUGACUUUGUUAAAUUUAAGUGGGUGCUUAAACUUGACAUCAUUGCCAAAUGAAUUGGGCAACCUCACAUCUUUGACUUCCUUAUAUUUAAGUGAAUGUUGGGAGUUGACAUCAUUGCCAAAUGAAUUGGAUAACCUUACAUUUUUGAUGAAAAGAGUUGGAUAUUAUUGUCCAAAGCAAUAAUCAUUGAUUAUUUAAGAAAAUAUUUGUAAAAAAGGUUUCAAAUCAAUCAAUUAUACACGUAUAUGUUAAUAAGAAAUAUAAAAUUAAGCAUAGAUAGGAUAUUUUGAACAUAGAAUAACACAAAAAUAAUAAUAAUUUAAAGAAGAUAGAAUUCAAAAUUAGAAUUUAGGAUUUAGAGGAUGAGAUUUAUAUAUUCUCUAAGAAAUAAAUAGACUUUUUAAAGUUGUAAUUUGAGCUAUCCCUAAAUUUUUGAGAUCUACAAAUUGAA